CGUGCACCUGACCAGGUCACUGUUUUGACCUCCUGGAUUCGAUUUCAGCCGGAGAUAUCGAUACGGUUUGUGUGCUUGCGGAGUUUGAGGGAAGGGUGGCGACUAGGGCGAUAUCCCUCUCAAAAUGAAAGCGAUUCCAGAAACCUCCUUGCCACUUUACAAUGAGGAAUACGUGGCCCAGCUGCAACGAUUUUUCGGUCUCGAACUGGCCUCAAAAACUGCGGGAAAUGGGGACCUUCCCAAUGGGAAUGGAGACAUGAUGAAUGAUGAUUUGACCUCAGGCUCGGGAGAUCAUCAUCAUGUCCACGAAAAAGAUCGAGGAACGACCUACUUCCAUCUGAAGCAACGACGCCAAGCGCCCGAGGCUGAGAAAAGCAGCGGGGAGCGGGAGCGGGAGGAAGGGCCUACCGAGGCGGACGGGCCAGACCCUCCGGACCGGUAUCGGGUGCACAGCUGGUUCUGGUAUGGAAUCUUCUCCUUCGGUGCCCUGCUUGGCGACGAUUUGUUCUACUUCUUCAUUUUCAGUUUUGGUGUGGCCAACUUUUCCUGGUGGGUCACCCGGCGACUGUUGAUGGUGUGGGGCUUCUGCAUGUUUGUAGGCCAGGCGUGCAAGGAAAUCUUGCGUUGGCCUCGUCCACGGGAGCCCCCCGUUGUUCGCUUGGAGAGCCGAUACAACAGGGAGUAUGGCAUGCCGUCUACCCAUGCUGUAGUUGGCACUCUCAUGCCAUUCACUCUUCUUGUUAGUACAUGGAAUCACUAUGAGUAUCCACACUUGCUGGGGUUUGUUCUGGCGUGCAACUGGACACUGUUGGUGUGCUGCAGUAGGCUCUACAGGGGCAUGCACUUCAUUCUGGAUUUGAUAGCAGGUGUGACCCUGGCAGCCCUCCUGAUGGCACUCAUCUGGCCCUGGUUAGACACCCUGGACCACUUCAGCCUGACCCACCCCUAUGCCCCAGUCAUCAUCAUCACUGUCAGCAUCCUCCUGAUCAUUGUCUACCCGACUCCGGAUGGCAUUGGUGCCUCCCGCAACGACACCGUCUCGAUCCUGGGUACCGUGGGUGGUGGGCUGUGUGCCUUCUGGUGUAACCACUACUUCGGCCUGGUGCCCGACGCCCAUGCACCCCUAGGGGGCACCAUCAAAUGGCCCGAUCUGCCCACUGCCGGCAUCAUGCUCGCCCGCUACUUCACCUACAAGUCUUCGGCCAUCAUUGUGUUCUUUGGACAAAAGUUCAUUAUCAAGCAAAUUCUCCGCGCCGGCUUCAACAUCCCAGUCAACGUGAGCACCAAGAGAUGGCUGAGCAUUCAGCUUCUAUAUGGCUACAUCCCACAUGUAUGCACCAUGCUUGUAAUGUACCAGCUAGGGCCAAGGGCUUGCACAUGGUUUGGGCUGGAUUAGAGUUUACUUGGAAUAGAACUGUACAGAGUAACAAACAGAUACAGUUGGGGUAAUUAAGGCUUAUUUUUAUGGCUCAGCACUUGCUUUGCAGCCCAAAAAAAUAUUAGAGAAAGUACUAAAAACAAUAUUUAGAGAGGUGCUAUCAAAUCAAGUUGGAUGUGUAUCUAGACCUGGGGCCAAUUUCAUAUAGUUGCUUAAGCAUAAAAUUUGCUUAAGCACAAAAUACCUUUGCUUAAUAUAAUCAGGUUACCCACCAAAACUCCAUGCGAUUAUUAUGUUAAGUACACAACAGCCAAAUACCAGUCACAAGCAAUGUACAUCGCAUGGUGUUUUGGCCAGUAACCUGAUUAUAUUAAGCAAGGUUUUUUUGUGCUUAAGCAAAUUUUAUGCUUAAGCAGCUCUAUGAAAUUGGCCCAGUCCAAGCCCACUAUCACUGAACACUCCCAGAGACUCUCUUCAAUGGCAACAGCAUUGUACCCGCUAUAGACCUUUUUCAUGCUGCGAUCAUUUCAGUCGUGUUCCCUGUAUCCAAUAACAGUACACAGAAUAGUAAUUUUUUGUGCAAAAAAAGAACCAGACUAUUUUUCUUUGCAGCCUUGCUUUGGUUACAUUGAUUUGAAUGGGAAAAAAAAAUCAAGAUGGCCGCAACAUGAUUCUGGUCUCAGAUAAUGCAUGGGCAGUUGCUUUGUAUAGUAGCAAUACAAUACGUUUGCCAUUGAAGAUGUGAGUGCACUGUGAUGGCAAUCUGCGAAUUGUCUACAAGACGAGAUAAAGUCCUCAUUUCAAAUAGUCAUUCCUGGUCAUAAGUUUCUGAAUAUCUGACAAAAUGCAAGCUGAUUAUAUGUGGUACAAAAGCAGUUGACUUGUUAUUUGAUAAACAUCAGGCACCAUACAGGCAGAUGCAGCAAUGGUUGUCAUCAUGCACUUAUUCAUGUAUAUGUACAUAUGUCGUCACUGUUUUUACAAACUGACAAGCACGCGCUGUGUGCGCGCAGAUUUGUGUGUGUGUGUGUGUGAAGCAAUGCGUAUGAUAAAUUUUGGUUUUCACAAACUGGCACGCAAGCACUGUGGCAAUAAUACCAUUCGGAGAAAACAAUUACCGGUAGAAAGGUUUGGGACCAGUUUACUCCAUCCAUGUACCGGUGUCAUAUGAAAAUCGGACUCGUAUGAAAAUCGGACUCUUUUUCCCUUUUAUUGGUUAAACCCUCUCACGUGACC